GUCGCGAGCAGGCCGCCCCGCAAGCCGCUGCAGGUGGAGGCGGCGCCAUGGCAGAGCAGCGGUCGCCCGGCAAGGCCGAGCAGCAGGUGUGCACCUUCCUGUUUAGGAAGCCGGGGCGCCGGGGGGCUGCGGGCCGCAGGAAGCGUCCGCGGAGCGAUGCCGAGGGUCGGGAGGGCGGCGGCGGCGGCAGCAGCAGCAGCAGCGGCGACGAGGGCAGCACGGUGGUGCGGCCGGAGAGGAAGCGCGCGGCGCACAACCCCAUGAUCCAGAAGACGCGCGGCAGCGCCAAGCCCCGGAACGGCGGCGGCGGCGGCGGGGGGGAGCCGAGCAGCGGCGACGAGCAGGACGAGGAGGAGCCCGAGGGGCUGGGCGUUGUGUACAAGUCCACCCGCUCGGCCAAGCCCGUGGGUCCCGAAGACAUGGGCGCCACGGCCGUGUACGCGCUGGACACCGACAAAGAGCGCGACGCGCAGGCCAUCUUCGAGCGCAGCCAGAAGAUCCAGGAGCAGCUGCGCGGCCGCGAAGACGACAAGAUCUACCGCGGCCUCCACAACUACCCGCAGUUCCUCAAGCCCAAGGACACGUCCCUGGGCAACGCGGCGUCGGGGCUGGUGCGCAAGGGCCCGAUCCGCGCGCCCGAGCACCUGCGUGCCACCGUGCGCUGGGACUACCAGCCCGACAUCUGCAAGGACUACAAGGAGACCGGCUUCUGUGGCUUCGGCGACAGCUGCAAAUUCCUGCACGACCGCUCCGACUACAAGCACGGCUGGCAGAUCGAGCGCGAGCUGGACGAGGGGCGCUACGGCGCCGACCCCGAAGACGAUUACCGGGUGGCCGGCAGCGAUGAAGACGACCUGCCUUUCCGCUGCUUCAUCUGCCGCCAGCCCUUCCGGGACCCGGUGGUCACCAAGUGCCGUCACUACUUUUGCGAAGCCUGUGCGCUGCACCACUUCCGCACCAGUCCGCGCUGCUACGUCUGCGACCAGCAGACCCACGGCGUCUUCAACCCCGCCAAGGAGCUCAUGGCCAAGCUGCUCAAGGCCCGCGCUGGACCGCGGGCAGAAGCCGCCCAGUGCGGGGCCAACGACGAGGAUGACGAGCUCCCCCAAGACCCCCAGCAGGGGCCCCAACCCCUCCCCUAGCAUGCCCCACCCCACUUCCUCUGUACUCAAAUAAAUGUGUAUGUGUUUUGGAAA